AAGACUUUCUCCUUUUUGGUGCCCAUGCUCCUGCCUAACUUCAGUCCCGUAAGAACACAACAAAAGUAGCUAAAGUUUUUCCCAGUUUUAGUGAAAAUUUAUUUCAAACUUUUGUUCCGUAAUUUUUACAGAAAUUGUAGAUAAAGUUUGCUGUUAUUUAGGUGAAACUUCAUUUCAAAUUUACUUAUCUAAAGAGUAACUCUUAUUUGAGGUCGCAUAUGAGAGGCGGAAGUCGCUCCCCACUUGCCCUCAGGUUCAGGUUAGGACUUGGGUGGUUUUGUGGUACACACUGUUCCUGUGUCCCACAGUUUGCAGAUUUUUUUUUUUGCUCAAAAAUUAGUAAUUGGAAGCAAUGCACACCGUUUGCAGUCAAGUGACUCUUUUUUGAGAAACAGGUAAAUCUGCUGAUGAGUAAAUAAGUUUGCAAAAUGCAAAUUAGGGAUCGGUGAUACUGGCUUGGAUCUUCAAGGCGUUCUGCAAUUUUUUUGCCACUUUCGAUCUGAUGCUGAAAUGUUGGAACUUCAGUUAUUCAUUGUACAUAAACUCUAAUUUUAAUCGUUAAACAGGUCCCUCAGCAGGUGAUUUCAGGGAUAAGAUGCAAUUAAAAGUCCAUUUCUAAAAACACAGAAAGGCAGAACAUGACGUUUGCGUUCGCGGUGACAGAUGAGGCAUAAUUUUGCAAUAACUGGAUCUUGAAUGAAAAUCUUUAAGAAAAAAAAAGAAGGUUUACAAAAGUGAUAAAAUUUCACUCCGGGGUAAUAUUGCAGGGGUGCUUGCAGCAUUUUUGGGGUGAGCGAGAUGUGUGUGUUUUUGUGUUGUAAUCUUCUCUGUUUCCAUGGUAAGAAAUGUGUCUGUGUGCGUGCGCUUAAAUUCUCCACCAGGAGGCUAAUGCUGGUGUCUUCAUAUAAUCUUGCAUCUCCCCAGGCAAAUUUGAAAGGAUCAGCUACAUAACUAUUCCAGGAUCGCCAGACUCUCCCACAGAAAAGAAUGAAGCAGAGACGCUGAAUUGGACAGCCAUAUUCAAUAAACUGUGGAACGACUUGGUGGACGCUCGAAGACGCUCGAAGGCCAGAAUUUGAGAGUUCAGGAGGUGCACUUGAGCAGCUGAAGCAGUGUCUGAACAAGAGAAAGACGCAGGGGAAGGGCAUGCUGGUGGUCUUGGAUGGUGUCUAGUCUAAUAGCAUGCUGGAGAGGCUUGAGAUCGGGACGCCUGGUCUGAAAACUCUUGUCACGUCUCGGGUGGAACUUAAUGGUGUGAACUGGAGCUAUCGCGUCCAGCAGCUGAGCAUGAAUGAUGCCAUGGACUUGUUCCGUCAUCAUGCCCUGUUGCGAGCCCCAUGUUCUGAGCAGAAGAAGCUGGCAGAGCAGAUAGUGAACGGCUGCAAGUUUCACCCGCUAGCACUAAAACUGAUAGGAGCGUCACUGAAGAAAGCUGCGUUAAGCAAAUGGAGAACGACUGCUAAAAAUCUUCAAGGGAAGGGAGAGUUUUUUAAUAACCUUAAAGAGAUAUUUUGGCCACUCAAAACCAGCCUGGACUCCUUGGAAGAGCCAGUAGAACGGGAGUGUUUUAUGGACAUAAGCUCCUUUCCUGACAACAAAAGGAUCCGGGCAGCUGCUCUUAUGGACAUGUGGGUUCAUACUCGUGGCCAAGAUGAAGGUGGUGCAUACGACAUUUUGAAGAAGCUUGCUGAUCGGCAUUUGAUUGAGCUUUUCAUGAGAACAAGGGACGAGACUGUAGAUCUGGAUGAGAGAUUCAACGAUCUCUUCAUCGCUCAACAUGAUCUUUUGAGUGAAUUGGCUGUCUAUGUUAGUAAAGAAGAAAAGUCAAACACGAGACUCAUCAUCAAUGAAGGGGAGACUUUUCUUGACCUGGUGAAAGGGAAGCAUGUGAUAUCACAAGCACAGAUUGUCUCCAUAAAUACUGGUGAAAAUAUAAACUUUGAGUGGCCUGAUGUGCCAUUCCCUCUCGUCGAAGUCCUUAUCUUGAACUUUUCAAGUAGUUCUUAUUGCUUGCCUCCAUUUUUGAAUUGCAUGGAAAAUCUGAAGGUUUUGAUUAUUGCAAAUCACAACAUAGCAGCUGCGGUGUUAAACGGACUGCUACCAUCUGGUUCUCUAAAAUCUCUCAGGGCAGUGAGAUUAGAAAAGAUAUCACUACCUAUUUCUUGUACCUUGAUGGAGCCUUUCAAUGGAGUGCAGAAGCUAUCAAUGAUCCUCUGCAAGGUUGAUGAAGUACUAGAGAUUUGA